AUGACAAGUGAUAAGACAGAUUCUAAAACCAAGCCACCAGGUUUCACUUCUUUCCUAACCGGAGAAUGGACAGAACUGAAAGAAUCUGACAGGUUAGGAAAGUGCAGAAGUGUGACAGACUUUGAGAAGCUGAAUCGAAUUGGCGAAGGAACAUAUGGCAUUGUGUAUCGUGCAAGAGAUACAGACAGUGAUAAAAUUGUAGCCUUGAAGAAGAUGAAACUUGAUAGUGAAAAAGAUGGAAUUCAGGUGACUGGCUUAAGAGAGAUCAACAUUCUACUGAACAUUCGUCACAAAAACAUUGUGGAAAUGAAGGAGGUCGUCGUCGGCAAAAGUCUUGAAAGCAUAUUUCUAGUCAUGGAGUACUGUGAGCAAGACCUCGCCUCCUUGCUGGAUAAUAUGGCAGCCCCUUUUUCAGAGCCACAGGUGAAAUGUAUUAUGCUGCAGUUGUUUGCUGGGCUGCAGUACCUUCAUGAGAACUUCAUCAUUCACAGAGAUCUAAAGGUGUCCAAUCUGUUAAUGACAGAUAAAGGCUGUGUGAAAAUAGCUGAUUUUGGCCUGGCUAGGAGAUAUGAGAUCCCAUCUCGUCCUAUGACCCCAACAGUUGUAACGCUUUGGUACAGAGCACCAGAACUGUUGUUUGGCUCCAAGACACAUACAACAGCCAUUGAUAUCUGGUCAGCAGGUUGCAUUCUGGGAGAACUACUGGCACACCGUCCCUUGUUGCCGGGGCGAUCAGAGCUUCAUCAGAUAGACCUGAUCUUGGAUAUGCUGGGAACACCCAAUGACACAAUAUGGCCAGGAUUUUCCAGCCUCCCAGCAUUAGAGAACUUCACUCUCAGAAAACAGCCAUACAAUAACUUACGCCACACAUUUCCCUGGCUUAGUGAAGCUGGGAUCAGACUACUGUACAUCCUCUUUAUGUAUGAUCCAGCCAAAAGAGCCACUGCUGAAGAUUGUUUGCAGUGUUCAUAUUUCAAGGAGCAGCCAAGUCCGUGUGAUCCUGAGUUCAUGCCAUCCUUCCCACAACAUCGACUGAAGAGGAAACAGAUGAAACAAGCGGUGAAAAAGGAAAAAAGAAAGUCUGCCGAUGAAUCAUUCAACAGUUUUGGAGACAGCUCUUCAGGAAUUCCUCUGUUGAAACGCAUCAAACAAGACAACAGUUAA